GAAAAAAAACAAAAAAGAAAAAGAAAAAAAAAGAUUAAUGCAAACCCUCUUCUACGAUGCCAACCAAACAUAGCCUAAUUAUAUAUAAAACCCCAAAUUGCAAAAAACUUUUGCUUCCAAUCACAAGAAGAAAGUAGGGUUUCUGAUAACAAAUCUGCUACUCUCUCGCUUCAAAUCUCAAUUAACACCUUCCACAACCGGCCAUGGACGCCCAGAGAGCUUUGCUCGAUGAACUCAUGGGUUCAGCUCGCAAUCUCACUGAAGAGGAAAGAAAGGGGUAUAAAGAAAUCACCUGGGAUGAUAAGGAGGUUUGUGGAAUGUAUAUGGUUCGGUUUUGCCCUCAUGAUCUCUUUGUCAAUACGAGGAGUGAUCUUGGACCAUGCCCUAAAAUCCAUGAUCUAAAGUUGAAGGAAAGCUUUGAGAAGUCCCCAAGACAUGAUUCAUACGUGCCAAGAUUUGAAGCGGAACUUGCUCAUUUUUGUGAGAAGUUGGUGAUGGACUUAGAUAGAAGAGUCAGGCGAGGGAGAGAACGCAUUGAUCAAGAAGUGGAAGGUCCUCCACCUCCAAUCUCAGGAGAGAAAUCUGAGCAGUUGUCAGUGCUUGAGGAAAAAAUAAAGAACCUGCUGGAUCAAGUGGAAACCCUCGGUGAAGCUGGAAAGGUUGAUGAAGCUGAAGCACUCAUGAGAAAGGUGGAGACACUUAAUGCUGAGAAGACGGCUUUCACUCAGCAAUCCCCGACCGACAAAGUCUUAAUGAUUGCACAGGAGAAAAAGAUGGCUCUUUGUGAGAUAUGUGGAUCUUUUCUAGUUGCCAAUGAUGCUGCAGAGAGGACUCAAUCUCAUGUCACCGGCAAGCAGCAUAUUGGUUAUGGCAUGGUUAGGGAUUUCAUUGCAGAGCACAAGGCUGCAAAGGAGAAAGCCUGGGAAGAGGAAAGACUAGCAAGAGAAGCAGAGGAACGUAGGAAGCGAAGGGAGAAGGAAUAUGAGAGUAGAGGUGGUAGAAGAAGUGAGUCAACUGACAGGGACAGGCAUUGUGAUCGGGAUCAAGACAGGGAACGGGACAGGUACCAGGAACGAGACCGUGACUGGGAAAGGUCUCGCGAGAGGAAUGGUAGAGGUAGCUGGGAUGGGGGAAGAGGGUUGAACUGGAAGCAAAACAAUUACAGGAAUGGAAGAGAUGGAGGCAGAGACAGAUACCGUGAUCGGAAUUCAUAUAUGGAGCGUGAUAGGAGCAGAUCACGUUCCCCUGUUAGGCAUGGUCAUAGGAGGGUGUCCAGAAGUCCAGUUCGCCCAUAUUAGUGGAUUACAUAGAUAGAUAUCUGAACUUUAAAGUCAAAAGAGGUAGAUGUUUCUUUUCACCUUGUGAAGUUUUAUCAAUGUGCGUUUCAAGGGUCGCAAGUUAAAAUUGUCCUUGUGGGUGAAACUUCUUUUUGUUCUCACAGCUUUAUUCAGAAUUUUACCAUCUCCCUAUCAUCAAUAUAAUUAGAGGAGAAAGGUUGAGGUAGGUAUAACUUCAUCAUUGUUGACUGCUUUUAUGUUCUAUUCAAGGCUUUUGAUAUGGAUCACCUCUGUAAUGUUAUUUUCAAAGCUUUUUUUUGUA